UAGGCUCCGGCAGCCGGAAGUCCCGCCUGCCGUGUGGUCGCCGCCGCCGCCGCUGCUGCCGUCGUUGUUGUUGUGGUUGGUUCGCUGAGCUCCGCGGCUCCGAGAGCCGGCUGCAUCCCUUCCCCGCCGCCGCCAUGAAGUGGAUGUUCAAGGAGGACCACUCGUUGGAACACAGAUGCGUGGAAUCCGCGAAGAUCCGAGCGAAAUAUCCCGACCGGGUUCCGGUGAUUGUGGAAAAAGUCUCAGGCUCUCAGAUUGUUGACAUUGACAAACGGAAGUAUCUGGUUCCAUCUGACAUCACUGUGGCUCAGUUCAUGUGGAUCAUCAGGAAAAGGAUCCAGCUUCCUUCUGAAAAGGCAAUCUUCCUGUUUGUGGAUAAGACAGUCCCACAGUCCAGCCUAACUAUGGGACAGCUUUACGAGAAGGAAAAAGAUGAAGAUGGAUUCUUGUAUGUGGCCUACAGUGGAGAGAACACUUUUGGCUUCUGAGGGCCAGCGCUGGGCUAGGUGCACCGUUCCCGCUUGUGUAUCUUGUAAAUAGCCGGCCGUUUUCAGUUCCCAGACCUCUUCACAUAGACCUAAUUAGUGCAUUUGUAACUGGAUUUAUUUCUUAAUAUAUUGGAAGGUUUUGUUUCCUUAGAUUAGUAAAUUAUCAUACAGAGUUUUAUUUUGAGUUUUCCUUCUUGUGCACUGUCCUCAUGCCUGUACUCUCCA